GGGAAAAGAAAAAUUUAUAACGGAAAUCCUUUUUGUUGACAAGUGAUGGCUGGAGCUGAGUUCCACCAAUAGGAGUUCAGCUUGAGGAUCCGGUAGGGUAUAUAUUGGGACCAUAGUGAGUUUAUCAUCAUUCGAUAUUUUUUAAAUCUCUGAAACUCAUUUGAAAAUGACUGGUCGCGGCAAAGGAGGAAAAGGACUCGGCAAGGGAGGCGCCAAACGUCAUCGCAAAGUUUUGCGUGACAACAUCCAGGGAAUCACCAAGCCGGCCAAACGUCAUCGCAAAGUUUUGCGUGACAACAUCCAGGGAAUCACCAAGCCGGCCAUCCGUCGUCUUGCCCGUCGUGGUGGUGUCAAGCGAAUCUCUGGUCUCAUCUACGAGGAGACCCGCGGUGUGUUGAAGGUGUUCCUUGAGAACGUGAUUCGUGACGCCGUCACCUACACUGAACACGCCAAGAGGAAGACGGUGACGGCCAUGGACGUCGUCUACGCACUGAAACGCCAGGGCCGCACUCUGUACGGUUUCGGCGGUUAAAUUUGAUUUUACUAUUCAAACUCUGAUCUUUCAAUCCAAU